AUGAGCAACUUGCACAUUUUUGGUGCUAACGAUGAUCAUAAUAGCUUUAUAAGUACUGACAUGAAUGACAAUGAGACCUCUUCAGAUGUUUUUAAUAAUUUUAACCUGCAAAACAAUGAUGAUGAAAGGGUAAUUAAAUCAUAUGAGUCUGAUAUAGAAAGUGAAUUUGAAGAAAAUGAAAUUCGAUUACUGGCAUCUAGUAGUGUGCGAGCUGGUGCAAUUAUUGAGGUUUUGCAGAAAAAAUACUCUGAAAAAUAUAUUCAUGCUCGUAAUCAAAUCCCAACUACUGAAUCUGAACAAAACCAACAUUUGGAGAAUAAUAAUAAUAAUGCAAGAGUUGAAUUGUUAUCCAAUCUCAAUGAUAUUGAACACUCUGGUUCUUCAAGAAAAAGAAUAUGUGUAUCUAAUAAUACUGCUAAUAUAUUAACCUCUUCCUCUUUAAGUUUUUUUGUUAGCAUUAUUGAAAAUAAACUGAUUCCUUCUCUUAAUCCGGCUCUUCCUAACCUGCCUUCUUUUUUACAUCUUCUUCUUACAGGAUCAGAUUCUUCUGCACAUUCAUUUAAACAAAAUAUCAAGUUGUAUAAUUCCACACUAGCUUUUACAUCAAUGGGUGCAAAAAUUGAUCCUAAUAUAACAGGAACUGCUGGCAUUUAUAGUUUUCGUAUUCAUGAUGAAAUGUAUCAUAGUAUAGGCACUAUUCUUCCUGAUGAUGGAGCUGCUCCUCAAUUUGCUCAGCUAUACAUUUAUGAUACUGAACAUUAA